UUAGUAGUGGUGGUCGCAACACCCACAGCAUCGCGUACGCUUCAGGCCCAUGCCCAGAGACCCAGACCCCAGUACUUCAUUCAGCUCCUGGUACCCGUAUUCUAAGUUACGCGCCCCAUUAACAGACCCGACCCCGAUCCGUCAAUCGCCCUUGUGAAUUUUAUUGUGCUGGUUAUUUUUGAUUGGUGAUUUUGAAAAUUGUUUUCGUUCGUCCGUACGCCGACUCUUCUUCACAUAUUCGCUAAUGGGAAAAUCCGUUAUUUAUUGAAAGCAUGAAGGCGCACAUAUCGUAUUUAGUCCUAUCGGCAUAUUUUGUUUUGAUUUGUGCCGGAUCUCUGAAAUAUGCGAAGGAUGACACAAAGCUAAAAAAAUCGGCACUGUUUCUGAAAACAGCCACACCAGAGGUUAUAGAGAAACCACUGGGAGAAAAAAUUCAACUAAAAUGCAAGCACCACGACGUUCACACACCUGUAAGAUGGACAAAAAAUGCGAAAAAAAUAGAUGAAACGAUUUGGCCUAUAAAUUUGACAGUAACCUACGAAACGGUGGGAAAUUACACUUGCAAAGUGUGUGGCGUCAGCACUUGCAUUCAACAAACAUUUGUCGUAAUCAUUGACGAAAAACCCGAAAUAAUCGAAGGAUUGACAAAUAAAACGCAGAAUGCCGGAUCCUUAGUAACUUUCAGCUGUAAGGCAAGAAAUACAAAUAGUAUAUCGAUUAUGAGGCAAUCAGAAAAUCAAUGGAAAGAACUGGCGUCAAAGGCGACUGAUACCAAAGAUACGUUGGAAAUUCACCACGAGAUACAAGUCAGCAGAGACGAUGAGGGUUUGUACACCUGCAUUGCACGCAAUUCUGAUAAUUUUGAACGUGUGAGUGGUGCCUACCUAACAGUCCGUGAUAAACCGAUGUUUUCAAACAAUCCCGAAAAAACUUUAGUCAUGGACAGCAAUGGCAAAUUGUUUAUGAAACUCGACUGCACUGCUUUCGCAACUCCCGAACCGAAAAUAGAUUGGGAACAAGACAAAAUACAGUGUGAAAAAAUAGAAGAUGGAAAUUGUUAUUUGAGUCGGGAGGUUUUGACCAAAGAUAAAUACUCAAUGACUUGCACUGCCUCUAAUUCAUUGGGACGAAUUAAUAGGACUAUAAUUGCUGACAUUUCUAACUUUACUGAAAAUAUUUAUGGUCUAAUUAAUAAGCCACUUCAAUUAAAUUGUUCUGACGCUAAGGCAGUUAAAUGGAUCAGAUUAGAUGAUGGGGAAUAUUCUGAUGUACUCACCCUACAGAAAGGGGAGAACCUUGCUAAAUAUGAAAUUAAAAACUUCUCUGAAAGUACCCCAGGAACUUAUGCUUGCGCCACAAGUAGUACUAUUAUAAAGCUGUUUAACGUUUUCAAAGGAGAAGAGCCUCAUUGGACUCAACCAAAGAAGAUGAAAAAAUUAAUGGUGAAACCAGCUGGAAAUUUGGCCCAAUUUAAGUGUAAAGCAGAAGGAAUCCCUCCCCCAAAGAUUACUUGGUUUAAAAAUGGAAAUCCGAAUAUUAGCAGGAGUUUGGGUGACUUCAAGACAACCCACUUUCAGGCCACAAUGGAGGAUUUAAUUGUUGAAGAUAGUGGCGACUACACCUGCCAAGUUUGCAAUAUUUUUGCGUGCAUUAAUUACACACAUAACUUGGAUGUUGUAGCUCGUUACCCUUCGAAGCCCAUUAUUAAGGAAAACUAUCCAAAAAACUUAACUGUAUUAACAAAUGACACCGCAGAAUUUGAAUGUCCUCAAUUAAUAACGGAUAUGGAACCAUAUGUUCAAUGGUACAGAUUAAUAUGUACAGAAAAUUGUACAUUAGUGGAACUACCACAGCAAACAGCUGCAGAGUUAUAUGAAAUCACAAACGUGACACAUGAAGACGAAGGGUGGUAUACGUGCAUAGCGUCCAAUAGUUUAGGAUCGACACGUAGUGACGCUUAUUUGGAAGUAAUAGACUUUUUAGAACCACCCGAAGAGAUGUUCCCCACCAAGAUCGUGAUUAUUUCGAGCUUUGUGGUGGUAGUUGUAUUUUUGGUUAUCGUCACAAUUGUUAUAUUUUACAUAAACGAAAAGAAGUUCCAUAUUGAGAAAUUGAACGCCAAACGAGAGAGGAUAACGAAGAAAAUCAUCAUUGAAAAAAGCACUUCUUUGGAGAACUUAACUGGGCCUUUGCGAAUGCCUGUGGUUAAAAUCGAAAAACAAAAGACGAUUUCAAACUGUUCGGGAGAUAGUAUGAUGUUAGAAUACGAGUUACCAAUGGAUUCUGACUGGGAGAUACCUAGAAACAAACUAAUACUAGGUAAAAGUAUUGGAGAAGGAGCAUUUGGAAAAGUUGUUAAAGCAGAAGUAACCGAUUUAACUAAAUGCGGUUCGACAAUUGUAGCCGUGAAAAUGCUUAAAGGUAGCCAUUCAGAUAACGAAAUGAUGGAUUUAGUAUCCGAAAUGGAAAUGAUGAAAAUGAUAGGCAAACACAUAAACAUCAUAAAUUUGCUGGGGUGCUGCACGCAGGGUGGACCCUUGUAUGUUGUUUGUGAAUACGCUCCGCACGGCAAUCUGAGGGACUUUCUUAGGAGCCACCGAUCGUCCGGUUAUGAAUUGGCUAUAGGGACCGUCGAGAAGGAAAAGAAAACGCUUACGCAAAAGGACUUGGUCUCGUUCGCCUAUCAGGUCGCACGGGGAAUGGAAUAUUUAUCGUCUAGACGAUGCAUUCACAGAGACUUAGCAGCCAGAAAUGUGUUAGUGAGCGACGAUUACAUUUUGAAAAUUGCUGACUUUGGUUUGGCCAGAGAUAUCCAUUGCCACGAUUAUUAUAGAAAAACCACUGAUGGAAGACUUCCCGUUAAAUGGAUGGCACCUGAAGCAUUGUUCCACAGAGUCUACACCACACAAUCUGACGUUUGGUCUUACGGAAUCUUGCUAUGGGAGAUUAUGACUUUAGGAGGAACUCCAUAUCCAUCGGUUCCAAGCGUGGACACACUAUUCCAGUUGUUGCGUAACGGUCGUAGAAUGGAAAAGCCUCCUUGCUGCUCAUUGGAAAUCUACAUGUUGAUGCGAGAUUGCUGGAGUUAUUAUCCUGCCGAACGGCCCGAGUUUUCCGAACUUGUGGAAGAUCUGGAUAGAAUUUUGACGAUAACAGCGAACGAGGAAUAUCUGGACUUGGGUCUUCCCCAAUUGGACACGCCGCCUUCAAGUCAGGAGUCCAUCCACGAUGAAGACUUUCCUCUUCCUCAAGUGCGAUAACUAGUCAGGACUUAACUAUUGCAUCUCUUUUAAAUUUUCUCCUAUCAUAUAGAAGAAAAGUAGUUAAUUGGCUGAAUCCAAAAUUGUUCUUAUUUUAUUUAGUUUUUGUAUAUAUUUCUUAUAUAAAUUGAUUGUAUAUAUUAUUUGGUUGGAAAAUUGAUGGAGAAAAUUUUAUAUAUUUAAGUGUUAUAAUUGUUGUUCUAAUAUUACUAUUGCAUUUUAUGUCAGUAUUAUCUGGUGGUAGGGUAGAAAAUCUGGCAAAUGUACAAAUGUAAGGGUUGUUUUAUGCAAUCAAUAUAUGGCUUGAUCUCGCUGGAAAGGUAUCGACAUGAUAUGACAACCCGGGCUCAUACAGUGACUAUGUUUUAGACAGUUUGAUAUGAGCAUCACUAUAUAUAAUUAAAAUAAAAUAACUACAGUCAGAUAUUUUAGCAUGUAAUCACCAAAGAAAUGUUAUUGUGAGGUCUCUAGGUUAAAAUAAUUUAAGACUGUAUUGUAUAUAUGAUAAUAAAUUUUUCAUGUGCAAUA